CACCUAAAUGAUGUCAUGUGACUUGGGUGAUGUCCUCGGACACAAUGCGUUGGCGCCCUUAGCGUUGGGGUGGCAGUGUGAAAUGAUUUUAACUUAGCUGAGCCUGAUUACCCGCAAACCCAGUAAACCCGAGUUCAGCUGCAUAUUUAACCCGUAGAACAACCUGUUAUUGGCGACAGUACUUCAUGCACUGCACAGUGACGGUAGCAUGUUGAAGAAUCCACUGGUUGUCAUGGCAACUCCUACAGAGUGGGGAUUUAAAGUCAAACUGAACCCCACACUGUUAACAGAUCGCUAGUAACAGUUUUCAAAAACUCCGCAUCGGGAUUUAGAAUCUGGAUUAAACCCAUCACUUGAUGGCAGGGUGUGCGCAUGCGCGGUAAAUCUCCAGGCCACAUGAGUUCGGGUCACAGAAGCGUCAAACUGGAAGAAAUACCAAGAGGAGGAAUGGAUGUGGAGGAGGUGGCCGCCAUAAUAAAGCUCCAGAUUAGGAAGAAGAGGAAGAAGAGGGACUGUGUCUGAGACGGGAGGACUGGAUGUUAAAAAACUGAAGCAGUCAGAACAGGGUGUAAAGCUCCCAGCCACAGACCCACCAUGGGUUAGACAGAAAGCCACCUAUGGAUUAUCCACUUUAAGCACUUCAGCGAGGAUGAAGGGGGGCAGAAUGGACUUGUUUUCGCUGAGACAUCCUGACAAAGACGGGGACUGAGAGUGAACAGUGACCGGGAUCUGCAGCCCCAACCCGACCCGCUCUACACGUUUUUCUUUUGAUUUCUAAACUUAAGUAUUUUUUAUGAAUAUAAUUCCCUGAAGUCUGCGUGAAGCAGAGAUGUUCGCUGAAUUACUGUGCGGCGCCGUGGCUCUGGUCCUGUAUGUCAACACGCUGGGAGCUGAUUUCUGCUACGAUGACAGCCGUGCAAUCAAGACCAAUCAGGACCUGCUUCCAGAGACCCCCUGGAUAAACAUCUUUUACGAUGACUUCUGGGGAACCUUACUCACACACAGUGGUAGCCAUAAGUCUUACCGACCCCUCUGCACCCUCUCCUUCCGCCUGAACUAUGCUGUGGGUGGGCUGGAGCCUUGGGGUUACCACUUAGUCAAUGUGGCCCUCCACGGCGCUGUGACUGUCCUGUUUACCUCUCUGGCUCGUCUGCUGCUUGGAGGAGGACUGUGGAGCCUACUGGCUGGCCUGCUGUUUGCAUCUCAUCCCAUCCACACUGAGGCAGUGGCGGGCGUAGUCGGACGGGCCGACGAAGGUGCCGCCGUGUUCUUUUUGCUGUCCUUGCUGUGUUAUAUACAUCACUGUAGGCUGCGGGGGCACGCUGGGUCCUUGCGGCUUGCAGCAUGGCUCCUGAGCAGCUUGGCCUGCGCUGCUUGCAGCAUGCUGUGGAAGGAGCUGGGAGUGACCGUUCUGGCUGUAUCAGCAAUGUACGACGUCUGUGUUUUCCACAGGCUUAAACUGCGACAGAUCAUUAUGCUUCUUUACAAGAGGAAGAACAACCUCCUGCUGCUGAAGGUGCUUUUGUUGGCGGUGUGGGGGGUUGUCUUAUUGGCAUGCCGCUUCUCAUGGAUGGGCAACAAGCCCCCAAACUUCUCCAACUCGGACAACCCGGCAGCUGACUCGCCAUCACUCCUCGCCAGGACUUUAACAUUUUUCUACCUGCCUGCUGUCAACUUUUGGCUCCUCCUCUGCCCAGACAUGCUCAGUUUUGAUUGGUCAAUGGAUGCCUUGCCUCUGAUCAGGAGUCUUACUGACUUGAGAACCAUCCAGACAGUUAUAUUUUACCUUGGAUUAAUUUUGCUUGUUUGGUUUGGCCUCUGGACCUCCUUAACAUCCAGGACCAAGGACACCAAUGGAAAAAGUCACCAUUAUAUUAAUGGCAGAAAUGGGAACAGUAAUGGAUACAGUUAUCAGUGUAACAACCACGAACACUUAAGCAGCUCUCACACAGACAUAAAUGAUAUUAGUGCACAAAAUGGUACCAAUAGCCACUAUGGAAGCAGGACUUCAUUGCCCACCACUGAAAAUGUUGUGGCUUUCUCCCUGGGCCUCUUGGCCUUCCCUUUUUUACCUGCCACAAACUUGUUUUUUUAUGUUGGCUUUGUGAUAGCAGAGAGAGUACUGUACAUCCCCAGCAUGGGCUUUUGCCUGCUGGUUGCUGUGGGGCUGAGGUCCCUGUACGUCCGAGUCCAACGCAGGUCCUCCAGGAGAGUCUUGCUGUUCUGCAGUGGAGCAUUGGUCAUACUGUUUGGGAUGAAAACUAUUCUUAGGAAUCAGGACUGGCAGAAUGAGGAGAUGCUCUACAAGUCAGGGAUUUAUGUCAAUCCUGCUAAAGCUUGGGGCAACCUUGGAAAUGUUUUGAAGAGCCAAGGAAAGAUGGAUGAGGCUGAGCAGGCUUACAGAAACGCUCUGUAUUUUCGCAGCAACAUGGCAGACAUGCUGUAUAACCUCGGUUUGCUGCUGCAGGAAAGCAACAAGUUCUCAGAGGCUCUGCACUACUAUAAGCUGGCCAUUGGGAGCCGGCCAACGCUGGCUUCGGCCUACUUGAACACGGGCAUCAUACUGAUGAAUCAGGGUCAUCUGGACGAGGCCAAGCGCACGUUCCUCACAUGUGCGGACAUCCCUGACGAGAACCUGAAGGACCCUCAUGCCCACAAGAGUUCAGUCACCAGCUGCCUGUACAACCUGGGCAAGCUGCUCCAUGAGCAGGGCCAUCAGGAGGAGGCUAUCUCCAUGUUUAAAGAAGCAAUACAUAAAAUGCCAAGACAGUUCGCACCACAGAGCCUUUACAACAUGAUGGGAGAAGCCUACAUGCGACUGAAUAAGCUGCCUGAAGCUGAACACUGGUACAGGGAGUCGCUGAGAGCCAAGUCGGACCACAUUCCUGCACACCUCACCUAUGGAAAACUCCUGGCUAUGACAGGCCAGAAAACAGAAGCUGAGAGGUACUUCCUGAAGGCUAUCCAACUGGAUCCCACAAAAGGCAACUGUUACAUGCAUUAUGGUCAAUUUUUAUUGGAAGAGUCGCGGCUGCUGGAAGCAGCAGAGAUGGCAAAGACCGCUGCGCGCCUCGACGGUGGGGAAUUUGAUGUGGUCUUCAGUGCUGCUCACAUGCUCAGACAAGCCAAACUCAAUGAGGCAGCCGAGAAGUAUUACGGACAAGCAGCAAGUCUGAGACCCAACUACCCUGCAGCUUUGAUGAACCUUGGAGCGAUCCUCCAUCUCAACGGGAAACUGCAAGAAGCUGAAGCCAAUUACCUCCGGGCUCUUCAGCUGAAACCAGAUGACACCAUCACCCAGUCAAAUCUGCGUAAGCUUUGGAACAUCAUGGAGAAGCAGGGCCUGAGGACCACAAGCCCCUGAGAUCUCGCAUCCUGCCUACAUGCCAUCUGCAACCCAGACCCAGGAAGAAGGACGGCGUACGUGCCCUGAUUCUGCUUUCUCAUCCAGGAAUGAAGGAAGCGACUGAGGGAGGAUAUUUGCAGAGACGCAGCGACUGGUGCACAGCCCCUGCUAAUCACCAUUGAGCUCUGCAAACACCUCAGGCCUGCAGCUUUGCUCAGUAUUGCUUACAGUUAGGAAGGUGCUACGUGGUAUUUGGAUUCCUUUCUGCAGAUUUACUGUGCUCACAGAAUCCUUUAAUUUUUUUCUUCAUGAACAUUUCAAGUUAAAGUGAGGCCACAGGUUCAUCGCUCUAGCAGGAUGAGGAAUGAAAAACACAGUGCUGAAGGAAUUUCUGUCAGACUUUAGUUUCACUACAUGUUUUUUCUUGAAAAUGAAGAAAAGGAGGUACAGUCAUACACAGGACACAAUUUAACUUCUUAAAAUUUGCAUUUUAAACUGAUAUUAUUCAUAUUUUCAUUAUUUGCCUUUGAACCUUCUCAGUCACUUUAAAUCUAUUCAAUUACACUUUGCUCUGAUAUCUCCCAGUAUUGAUUCCAAAUUGUAGCAGCUCUCCUGAUAUUCAGGGAAAAGUAUAAAAAGGGAAUGCAAUGCAACUAUUGCCGCACUAUAAUAGUCUCUAAAUUCUCCAAAAGGCUGUAAUUUGCCUGUUUUAGCAACCAUAAAAGAGGAUAACUAAGUGAUGACUUUAAGGCUUUGAAAUCUUCUUCAUCCAUGUACCAGUGGUAUUUUUUACUUUUUUUGAUUCUUCAUUCCUGAAAAUGCCACAGCAGCAACUUGGUUGGAAGAUAAAUAUUAAACUACCCUGGUAACAAAAAGCUUACAGCUUAAGGUUGCAGAUGGAAAACCUUCUUUCAGGUCCUUAAGAAGUUCUACAGGACCUGAAAAAGAAGAGUUCAUGCAGCCAAAUGUAAAUGUCAAGCUAAUGUUCAGCUUUUAUUCUUACAUGGAUCAACGCACAGUCACAACUCAUUCAAAGAGGAAUGUUUAAAUGUCUUUAUGUUCGAAUAAAGCUACUUCAUUGUGUUUGUUUAAAUAAAUCCUAAUAUAUAGCUACCAUGUUUUAGCAUACAGAACAACACAGCAAACUGUAGCUCCAGUACUGAGUAAGUUUGGCUCGUUACAAUACAGGACAAGGGGUUCCUAGUAUUCUUAAAGUGGUUCUUAGGUCUCAUUUGUAUAUAUUUUGUUUAGUUUUCCUAUAUUUGGUUGUUUAUUGUCAGCUUUUAGUAAAAGAAAGUGCACCUUCAUAAAAGUUUAUACAGUAUUUCUUAUUAUUUGUUGGUCCUAAACAUUUUGACUGUCUUCAGUUUACCACAUACUGAGUUAUUGCUCUGUUGCCUGUUAGGGAUAUCCAGAGCUUAUCCCUGGUACCGGAUGGGGGGUCCAGAUCAAAGCAUGAUCUGCAUCAAGAUGUCAGAUAGUCUCUGAGAUUUGAUCCCAGCUGGACCCUCAGUGAGCGGUGUGGCUGCAUUUUGUGCAGUCAGUUAUUAAAUAUCACAAACUAUAUUAACGUUUAUAGGCUGCAACACAAUAUUCUAGCUUGAUCUAACAAGUCUGGAUUUCCCCCAACAAUUCAGCCUUUAUGAUGGUGAUGACAACAGAACAGAGACUGUACUGGGGGCUGCAGCUCCCAGUCUCUGUCUCAUGUACCACAGACUGGGAGCCGCAGGCUGGGCUCAUUUAUCCCCAAAUAGCAGCUGAAUCACCAGUCAUUAAAUGUUACAAUGUUCUAAACAAAGUUCAUAAAGCACAAAAACUGGGACCGCUUUGACAUGUUACAAAGUGAAUUAUCAACAAAUCAUUUCCAAACUGAGAACACAUGCUUGUGUUGGUUGUUUCUUUUCUUUUACUGCACUUUAAAGCUAACACAUUUUAAAGCUCAUACAGUGCUGUGGAAAAGUAUUUACCCCCCUACAGACUUCUUCUGUUGGUUGUCACUUAAAUGUUUAGAAUCAAAUACAUUUUACUAUCAGAUAAAGAUAACCUGACUAAAUAUAAAAAACAUAUAACUACAAAUAAAAUGAUGAUGUGAAUCUGAAGAAAUUCAAGAAAAGAUGAGAAACAGGGUCAGUGACAACAGUGAAGUCAGGAAUCAUUGACAAGUCAUUCCAGGGCUUUCCCACCCUGAGAUUCCCUUUUGGACUCAAGUGAAUCACACUGAGAGCCAUUUUCCACAAAUGGAGAAAACACAGCGGUGAAUCCUCUAAACACCAAGACUGGAUAGCAGAAUAUCUGACCUACAGUCAAACAUAGUUGACCAUUGCACCAGUAUGGGGAGGGUUUGGUGCUUCAGGACCUGGACAAUCUGCUGCAGCUGAUGGAACCACAAACUCUGCUCUCUAGCAAGAAAUCCUGAAGGACCAUCAGUCCACCCUUGGCAGCGAUUAUUAGGUUUAGCUAGGAGGAAAUGAUUUCUCCACCUGGUGUGAGUAUGUUUUUCCCUUAAUGAAUGAAAUAAUAAUAUAUAUACUUUAUGUAUUUAUUUGGGUUAUCUAUGUCUGAUUUUAAAAUGAAAUGUGUUUGAUGUUCUGAAAUAUUUAACAAUAAUAGACAGGAAACAAAUCUGUAAGGGGGCACUUACUUUUUCACAUCGGUGUAUGCAGCCAGUGGCAGUUCUAGACCAAAUUUACCAGGGGGGCCAGGGUGGGGCCAGUGUUUUUUUUUCAUGGGGCCACAGAACAAAAGAAUGAAACAACAAAAACAGGCUAAUAGUAUCUUGUUUAAUAUAUUUAGUGACCCAAAGAGCCACUUGUGGCUCUGGAGCUGCAGGUUGUAGACCCCUGAUCUAGCAGAUGAAAGCUGCUAAAAGUGAAACACCUUAAUUUUUAAUUCACUGUUGAAGUAAAACUGUAAAAGUAAAAAAUAAACUUGGUCCAAGCAAUCAAUCAGUUAGAGUUUCUUUCCCACCACAUAUCAUCAUAAGAAAUUGAUUUAGCAUUAUUCUUCAGUACCAGGGCCAUAACAGGGUCCAGGACCAGUUCUACAGGGGCCCUGGCCCCUGUUGGCGCCUGUCUAGAGCCGCCCGUGUAUGCAGCAUUGAUUCUAAUGAAGUGACUGGGACUGAGUAAAUGCCCGAUCCUGAUCCGGACAUCCCAGCUGUUGGCAGAACCAGCUGGCGCUGUGUUUUUCCCAUGUAAAAUGAAGGAAGAUAAUUUAAUGGAACUUCUGUCUGUUUUCGUCAUUACUGAGAUUAUGAUGCGUGGUGUUAUUUGUAGCAGUCACAUUGUUGUCUCCACAGUGCUGUUUCUUGACUAUGACGGUGAUAAGGAAAUGUUAAGAGUUCACUCUGAUUUCUUGUCACUCACACACACCCACACACUCAUUCCUGGUGUAAAUAUUUUAAGUGUUAAUGAAGAAACACAAGAUUUUUUUAUGUCAAUAAGAAAGUGUAAAAAGAAAAAGUGUUUGACUCUGUGUCUCUGCUCAGGGAUCUCAGGCAGUGGGCUUUUGCAGAAACUUGUUCACAGAGAGUUUACUAAAUUAAAAUUUAUUUUUGAAAUGUGUUGUAUUUGUAUAAAUUAUCAGGAUUUGUAGCCCUCUCCUCCUUUUUUGUAAAAUAAAAAUCAAACGAUGCGCAAGAA